UAUGCAUUGCUCUUUGGAUUUGCUUUACACUGGUUAAAACCAUUUCUUUAGAGUUCUCUACAUGAUCAUUUUAUUAAAAAAAAUUAUUAAAGGUUUUUCAUCAAUAUUAACCCCUGACAAUGGCAAGAGCAAAGCUGUAUUCCUAUUCAUUUCACCUUAUUGACCUCUGCUGUUUCGGUUCCCUGCAGUGUUUCUAGCACCUGUUGACCAUCUGUGAGGUACGGACUAAUGGCCAAGUUGAACUACCAGCUUCUCUUAUCAGUCUACAUCCUCACCUUCCUGAUCGGCCUUCCCGCCAACAUCCUGGCGUUCUUUACCUUCCUUCAAAAGGUUCACCGCAAGCCAACCCCCAUUGACAUUCUCCUGCUAAACCUGACAAUAUCUGACCUCAUCUUCCUCGCGGUCCUGCCGUUCAAGAUGAAGGAGGCCACUGACAACUUGAACUGGAGCCUGCCAUAUUACCUGUGCCCCAUUAGCAGUUUCCUCUUCUUCUCCACCAUCUACACCAGCACGUUAUUUCUGACCGCGAUUAGCAUAGAGCGCUACUUAGGUGUUGCGUUUCCAAUCCGAUACGCUCUAGGCCGCCGUCCACGCAAUGCUGUGAUAGCAAGCUGCUUCCUCUGGCUUCUGGGAUCUCUGAACCUCAGCAUCGUCUACAUUGUGCCACACAUACCCUCAAGUGAUAAUUCGAGCUACAGCAAGCUGCAAUCUAAUCCCCACGUGACAAUUUGCUAUGAUAACUUCACCGUAGAACAGCUGAACAUUCUUCUUCCUGCUCGUCUGGAGCUUUUUGUCGUGCUUUUCUGUAUACCCCUCCUCAUCUGCUGCUUCUGCUAUAUAAACUUCAUACGAAUCCUCUCCAAUCUGCCUCAUCUCGGACGACGCCGUAGACUCAGGGCCAUUGGGUUGGCGGUGGGGACGCUGUUGGUUUUCACCGUCUGUUUUAGCCCAUAUAACGUCUCGCACGUGGUUGGUUUCAUUCACGGUAAUAGCGAAUGGUGGCGUCAUUUUGCAUUAAUCUCCAGCACUCUGAACGCCUGCUUGGACCCCAUCAUCUUUUACUUUUCCUCGGCUGCUGUUCGCAGUGCCAUACGCUCAUGUGUUAAUGGUCUAAAGAAGAAAAUCCACAUCGUAGAAUGCAGACGCUGCUGUUCUGCUGGCCCUUCCAAAACUGAAGCCUACAAGGAGACAAACCCACCUUUUGACCUGGGGUGA